AUGGCUACCCCGCACAUAUAUCGCCCAAAGCCACGUCGGCCUUUUGAAGCACAUUCUCUUGCCCUCCAACAACCUCCAAGUCCUUCGCUUACUCCUUCAUACGAAUUCCUCGAAACACCAAGCCGCACUCAUUCCGUCCUCAAUUUGACAUCCUCCACCUUGGGAGGUAUAUACGAGGCCAACGGUCAUGAUGAUUUUGAGCCAGAGACGCCUACCACUCCAUGGGAAACAGGAGACGAGAACUCCCAACGGAAGCGUAGCUCUACAAUCCAAAGGAGACAAUCUUUUGCUGGAGCCCGGGCUUCAAGGCCCGCAACUAUAGCUUCUCGGAUCUUUCGCUCCAUUCUGUUAUUUGGGUUAGGGGUGCUAUAUGGACUGCUUGUAAAACAUCUACACGAUGACCGACAUCUUGCGCCACUCCAAGUGGAGUCGAUUAUAAAACCCAGUCAUGAUUGGAGAUAUCUUGUAUUUUGGGGCAUUGCAGGUGUUGGAUUGGGAAGCUUGCUACCAUUGGUCGACAAACUGUGGGAGGAGAAGAUUAGAUCACCUCAAGGAACCUCCACAAGUACUUCAUCAGAAGAAGCAAUUGAUGUCAGCGACUCGCAAAGUAUUCUUGGGGAAGACUGGAUAUUGGCAGUAAGGAGCGUGGGCGCUUUUGUAGGAAUCGCUUUUGCCAUUCGCAAACUUCCGUGGGCUUCUGAUAUGCAAGCAUCCUUAACCCUCGCCCUCGUUAAUCCAGUGUUAUGGUAUAUCAUUGACCGUUCCAAGCCUGGACUCGUGUUUUCAGCCGCUAUUGGUGCUACUGGCAGUGCAAUUCUCCUUGCAUCGAACUCAGAUUUAAUGCCGAGCCCGGCUGCUGCAGUGAAGAACAGCACCGUAUCUCACCACCCAAUUGAUUAUUCGGAGGCUGGAUCCGAGAAUUCGAUGGCUAGGGGUAAUCUUGAGGCUGGGAUAUGGAUUUCUAGUGUUCUUUUUUGCAGCUGUGUUUGUUUUGGGAACAUUGGGCGAAGGUUAGCGCUGAAUAGCGACAUGAGGAAGACCUCGUUUAUUAGCGAGCAACCGAGAAGAAAGUCGAUGGGACACGUCCAAGCAGCAAGACAGGCACAAUAG